CAGUUUUGCCGCAGCGGUUGCCGCUGGGUGUGGGGGAACCUGUAUUUCUCUUUUUUUCCGUCUAUCGAUGAAGGCGGUCAUGAGCACUGACGAGGCCGGGGCUGUGGCAUAUGAAGGCUUAUCACUCCACCGUCUCCAACUCUUCCUCUUGCAUUGGAGGUAGCCAUGUGCGUACGAGUGUUGUGUGUGUGCGUGCGUGUGUAUACACAUGUGAAUAUAUGUGUUCGCCACUCGCGGCAUCAUACACAGCCACCAUAAGCAGCCCCUUUUAGUGUGUUUAUGCCUAGUGGGGGGCACCUCUGCGUGGCAUAUGAGACACACGCUUUCUUCCGUUCACUACACGUCCACUCCAGCCGAAGAAACGGCCUCGUAAGCUCCCUCGUGAAGCUGGAAUGAGAUAAAGUAAAGUUUGGUGCGGGUGGGUCGCGACCGCCGACAACUCGACACGAGACUGGGUUACUGGGAGAGAAAGCUCGGCGGCGGGACUCAGUGUGCGGUAUACAGCGGUGCGAUAGGCUCUCCGUGUACCCCCGGCCGGCGCCCCGCGGUGUAUUGGCGCGUCCACCCCUCUGAGUUCAGUACUGCUUCAUGGAGGAGGACCUAAUUUUUGAUGUGCAGAAAGGAGUUGUCUAUGUGUUGUUCGCCAAUCUGCCGAGGAUCGUUGGAUAUAAGUGAGAUUUGAGUCAGUUUUACCUUAGUGUUGGCUGGCUCGGACUGGACCACCGCCCCGUCCGAAUACCUCCGCCGCGGUCCCUGGCACCGAUCUGGGAUUUGGAUAUCGGUGUUGAGUCGUCGGCAAUACGGUGAAGCUCAGUGUUUUGUUGGUGUAGAAGGUACACAGUGACGUAUUUGACGACGAAAACCCGGCUCAAAGUCAGUGUGUGUGAGGAUUGCAAGAGAGAACGUACUUUGGUCGGUGUUCGAUUCCCUCCCUCGCCCGACUCGGCACCAACGGGGACUGGCACCGGCGUCGACUCCGCCUUCUACCACCGACGACAGAGUGUGAUGGUGUGGGCGUGACGAUGGACCUCCCUCGCGACUCCCCACACCGGGGCCGCGGGUUUAUGGGCGGUCGGUCACCUACACCCCAUUCUUCGCUGAUCCACUCCCUCGUCUCCCCCAAGAUGGACCAUUCCCCCACCAGUCCUCCCUAUGUCGCCAGUUCCCCUUUGCUGGGCGAGUCUCCCUCGGGCAUUCCUCGUUCCCCUGUCUCCCCCCUGGGCGUCUUGGUCAAGAGUGAGCCCCCUGUGUCCCCAUCGGGCCCCUCGGAGUACCAAGUGAGGCCCAAAAAGCCGCGUUCCGACGGGGAGAGGGCCGAGUGGGCCUCCUCCCCCGGCGCCAUGAGCAUCGACUCCCUCUCCCCGCCGCCCCAGGGCUCCAAUGGUGUCGGGGGCUCCCUGGGACACCCCUCCAGCGGCAUGUCUCCGAUGUCCUCCUCCAGCUACGACCCCAGCUCUCCCUACCUCUCCAGAUCAGGUCAGUCCUCCCUCACACCUCACCCUUCCUUUGGCCGCCCGUCUGCAGGGUUUAUUAUUACUUUUAUGCUACUCUGACAUUUUCCUGUAUUGACACCUGCCUGCCUGCU